GCAGCAGGGGAUAUAUUCAUCAGUAUACAUAGAGCGAGACCGAACAAACAGAAUGGAAUACAUCAAAUUCGCUUUAUGACCUGUAAAUCCUUCUAAUUUAUGUGACGGCUUGUGUCCGUCUGUUUUUCUUAAAAUGAACGAACACAAAUAACAAACGUCUGGAUCAGAGGCUAGUCCCAGACUAAAAUUAAUGUUUGAUCAGCCUUAACUGAAAAAUAACUCACCAAAUAUAUCAACGCCAUUGUUUUGUCUCAAGAUGCAUACCAGUAAUGUUUUUUACAUGUUAACGAGUUUUUUGUAAAUUACAAUAUAAAGCGAACUGGUGAGGCCUUUGGGAGAACAGAAAAGUAGAGGCCAGAACAAAACACGCGUGACAUCCGCUGGCACAACCCUCGUGCGUGUGUUUCUACUAGGUCCUGUAAGGCACAUGUAAAAGUCCUCCGCUUUGGCGUGCUUUUACACACCGUUGGUGUACUUCUAACAGCUCGUGCGUCAUGUCUGGAAGAGGUAAAGGCGGAAAGGGACUCGGGAAAGGAGGCGCGAAGCGGCACCGCAAAGUUUUGCGCGAUAACAUCCAGGGCAUCACCAAGCCCGCCAUCCGUCGUCUCGCUCGCCGCGGUGGUGUCAAGCGCAUCUCCGGUCUCAUCUACGAGGAGACUCGCGGUGUGUUGAAGGUGUUUCUGGAGAACGUCAUCCGUGAUGCCGUCACCUACACCGAGCACGCCAAGAGAAAGACCGUCACCGCCAUGGACGUCGUGUACGCGCUGAAGCGACAGGGACGCACUCUCUACGGCUUCGGAGGUUAAACGCUCUUAUUCUGAAGUUAAACAUUUGAAACCCAACGGUUCUUCUAAGAGCCACCCACUUUCUCACUCGAGGAGUUGAAUUUCAGAAGUUAUAUCAUAUUGAACGGAAUGCUCAUUAACCCGGUGGUGUUUCGGAGAACUCCUACUUAAAUUGAUUCGAUGUAGCCUGUUUUGCUGCUCACUUCUGGGGCUCGAAAAAGAAGAAACAUGAUCGCCUAACUUGUUUUAUAAACGUAAGCACGUGCAAUAGAUUGUGAAUAACGCAUAAAAUUGAUGUAAUGCUUUCUGUACGAAA